AUGCUUUCAAUAGAAAAAGAAAAUUCAAGAGUUGCUACAACUAAACCAUUAGAUGAACUUUUUACUAACGUCGGUCAAAAGUUUGAGACAGAGACCGUAAAGCAUGAAGGCUAUCGUUUUGACUACCCGUUAAGAUGGCUAAGAGACCCAUCCGUCACAAAAGCUAUUGGCUUUCGUAGAAUGAAGUUCAUUUCAGAAGCCAUACAUGGUUUCCCAUUUACGGUCGCUUUUGAAGUUCGAUACUAUAACAAAGAAAAACGUACGUAUGAGAAAUUUGAACAGGGAAAACUUUUACAAGUGAAUUUGCUUGUAAACUUAGAAACAACUCUUCAAGCUUUUCAAGAAAAAAUAAACGAUAUCUAUCUCGAAUAUGCAAAACAGUACAACAUUGACGAAGGAGAGUACCAUCUCGAUAUUGUUUAUGACAGGAAAAAUGCAACUGUUAAAAUCUAUAGAAUAGAAGACCUUGGAGAAGACGUUUAUAUUUCUACAAAAUAUAACAACUUGGCAUGGUAUAGAUUUUUGAGGAUGUUAAAUCAGCCUGCAGAAUAUCCA